GUCCUGGGUCUGGAGAAAGUGUGGUCAAAUAUCUGGAAAGUCAAGCCAAAUUCCUGAGCCUUUGAUUUAUUGAAAGACAAAUGGUCAGACCGCGUGGGCCAGUGGAGUGGCAUGGGGAACCGUCUUCCACGGUGGAAACGUCUUAAGGGCUGCAGUGUGACAGAAGCUGUGGGUCCCUACAGUCAGUCACCCAGUGCCUCUGCUGGAAGCAGGGAAGAUAAACUUUCUCUCCCUCGAGUUUUCUCUGUUCCAGUCCUUGGGAAAGGAUAGGCUGGGACGGACUCGCCUAGAAAGCAGUAGUCAGGCACAGACCCUAGAACUCCCGGCAAGGAGAGGCUGGGGGCCGCCCCUGUGGAAUCUGGGGGUGGACAGGGUGGGGAUGCCUCAUCAGCAGCCCUGGUGGGCGCUGGAACGCCUCCCGCGCGAAGCUCCCUCGCUUGGGACUCUGAUCGCUGGAGGAGGCUUUCCAUGGCUCCCGGAGCAGCCUGGCAAACAAGUUCUCCAUCCCCACCCUCGAGGACGUGGAAGGGGUUGGAGGAUCUCCCUCCUCGUCGGGACCAUGUGUCCUGGCCUGUCCCAGCGGCUGGGCGUGGUCAGGAUCGGCACAUCCAGGUGCACAGGUCAGAUGAUGAACCCAGGCACAGGAGGCGAAGGGGGAAAGGCCCAUCCGGAACAACUGGGUCCAGUAUUGCAGCGGGUCGCCAGAGCUCCACGGCCAAGGAAGACCGGGGCUGCUAGGACGCCAGCCAUUCGGCGCAGGCGGCCUGCAAGGGAGGGCUGCCGGCCCGGGGACCUGGAGUCUGGGGUUCCUGGGCGGCCGGAUGUGGGCUGCACCUGCGGACUAUGCUCUCCGGCUACGCCAAGCCCCCUGUGAAUCUGCCACCCACCAGGAGCUCAGGUCCACCUGAGGAAGGAGUUGGUGGGACAUCUUCUAACUUCAGUGGGCCUCACAGGCUGGGAGAAGGAGACUCCAAGGUGUGGUGCCGGGUCCACUGCUAUCUUGCCAUGUGGGUCCCCAGCCGACAUCACCUCUGUCUGACCUUCCUGCUAGUCUGUGUCUUCUCAGCCAUCCUCCUCAUCCAUAUCCACCAAGACCUCUUUCCUGUUGGUCUAGACCUGUCCGCCCUGUGUCCAGACCGCCACCUGGUGACAGCCCCCGUGGCCAUCUUCUGCCUGUCAGGCACACCAACGGCCCCCAACACCUCGUUUUCCUGCUCUCAGCAUCCUGGCAACCUCUCAGGAACCUGGACUAUCUACCCAGAUGGCCGGUUUGGUAACCAGAUGGGACAGUACGCCACACUGCUGGCUCUGGCCCAGCUCAAUGGCCGCCAGGCCUUCAUUCUCCCCGCUAUGCAUGCCGCCCUGGCCCCCGUGUUCCGCAUCACCCUGCCGGUGAUGGCCUCGGAGGUGGACAGUCACACACGGUGGCGUGAGUUGGAGCUGCAUGACUGGAUGUCCGAGGAGUAUGCCCACUUGAAGGAUCCAGUGCUGAAGUUCACCGGCUUCCCCUGCUCCUGGACCUUCUUCCACCAUCUCCGGGAACAGAUCCGCAGGGAGUUCACCCUGCACAACCACCUCCAGCAAGAGGCACAGGGUUUGUUGAGUCAGCUGCGUCUGGGCCGCACCGGGAACCGGCCAGGCACCUUUGUGGGGGUCCAUGUGCGCCGCGGGGACUAUCUGCAGGUUAUGCCCGACCGCUGGAAGGGUGUGGUGGGUGAUGGUGCCUACCUGCAGCAGGCUAUGGAUUGGUUCCGGGCACGGCACAAAGCCCCCAUGUUUGUGGUCACCAGCAAUGGCAUGGAGUGGUGCCGGGAAAACAUUGACACCUCCCAAGGGGAUGUGACCUUUGCUGGUGAUGGGCAGGAGGGUUCCCCCGGGAAAGAUUUUGCACUGCUCACACAGUGCAAUCACACCAUCAUGACCAUUGGCACCUUCGGCUUCUGGGCUGCCUACCUGGCUGGUGGAGACACUGUCUACCUGGCCAACUUCACCUUGCCUGACUCCAACUUCCUGAAGAUCUUUAAGCCUGCGGCCGCCUUCCUGCCUGAGUGGGUGGGCAUUAAUGCAGACUUGUCCCCACUCCAGAGACUGGCUGGGCCCUGAGCAGCAGAGAGACAUUCUGGAAUGCUUAAUCAAUCUAGGUCCAGCAUUAUGAGUUUCCUGAGGCUUAACAUAGCUUCUGGAGGAGCCUGUGGUGGUCCAGCAGGUGGGCACCCAUUUCUAGAGUGAUUUGAGUUGGCUAGACUUUGAGAGAAAGGGGGGCUUUCUGCAACUGCCUGGACAUUCUAGAACCAGCAGAUGAUCUUUUCCUGUUGACUGGCAGUGUUGAGACAGGCUCAUGGCAGUUCUAGAAGGCAAGUGCCUGCUCUUCCCAACCCAUAUGCAGAGUAUUUCUAGAUGGCCGCAACCCAGGAACAGGGAAAGCCCCUCUAGUGUUGACCACCCUGGGUUUUUCUAGAAGAGAGACUUCUCUUCCCCUGGGUCCUCAGGACUAAGGGAACUUAUGAGCAUUCUAGAGCAAGCGCUCACCAACUCCCCUUCUGUUUCUGGAGUGGUUCUCUAGUGGGGAUUUGCUCAACUGCCUGUGGAGAAAACCCUGCAGGACUCUUCCAGAGGGGAUGGGGUUCUGGAAUUUCAGAUAACUUUGGCAAAGAAUCUAAUGAGGAUACAACAAGAAGAUCAACACCUCAACCAGUGCCAGAGAGAUUGGCUGAAGACAAACUUGUGUUUGGACACAAGUACUUGUGUGUAGCUGUGAGCACAGCAGAACUGUCCAAUCUCUCAGCAUCUGAAAAAAAGCACAAAGACCUUUCUGCAGAGCAGAUAGGCUAAAGCAUGGGAGGCGGGGAAGAGAUGGUGGCUGAAAUGCUGCAGCUUCUGGAGCAAGGCUUGCCGGAAAUGCAGGGGCACUUUUGUUUUUUAAACUCAAAAACUGCCAACGACAGGUGCUGUACAUGUUGGCACAGAGUUUGGGUUGCUUUUUGCAAUUAAGAAAGUUUCCUCCUCUGCAGCUGUGCUGCUGGGAGUGGUGUGAAUCAAUUCUCUGGAAUUCAGCCAGCCUAAAUGUGUCCCUUGGGCUUGCAGAAAACCACAGGUACUGUGCCCUCUGCCAACCAUUGUCUGCCUCUGACUUUAAAGAACCACUAAAUCUGGCUUUGGGAAAAUUGGGGAUGAAAGGACUGGCCUCAAACCCAGGCAGGAGGAGCACACGGUCUGGCCAAGAGGAUGGGGUUCCUGACUCAGAUUUUAGGAGCCCCUUCAUGCUUUUUGAAGGGGGCAAAGGUAGAUAACUAUUACACAGAAAACUCUGAGCACACCCUUUUAUCUACCCACUGGAGAAUCUAAGCUCCUUUUCUAGUCUUCUCAGGGAGUUUGGGGGGACUAUUUCCUACUUAGCUGCCACAGGUGGGAGAGAAGAGGAGAUAUGAAUUAAACAUCCACAUCAUCAA